AUGUCGCACAGCUGCGGAUUCUGUGGCAAGAUGUUCCCUUCAAAGGGAAGCGUCAAAAAGCAUAUAUCUAUUCGCCCUGAAUGUAAAGAAAAAUGGGAGUCAAUGGUGGAAGACACAGACAGCGAAGGUGGCCUACCGGACCUCUCAUUCAAUCAUUCAUCUCCGCUUCGCCGCUCACGCUCAACAUCUUUCGAUCCUCAUGACAACCCAGCAGCCUCAAAACUUGGCGGGGAGGAAUGGGAACUUGUGGAAUGGCUUACCAGAAGCCUUGGGCAGACCCGUACAGACGAGUUCCUGAAGUUACCAAUAACUCGAAACCGAACACAGCCGUCCUUUCACAAUAACCAAUCCUUCCUGCAGAAAGUUGACAAGCUUCCACAUGGACCUGCGUGGAGUUGCAAGAAGGUCAGCAUUCAGGGAAACCAAACCAAUGAGAAUGGCCGGUUAUUGCACGAGGAUGUCGAGCUUUGGACACGGGACCCUGUAGAGUGCAUCAGAGAUCUCAUCGGUAAUCCUCUAUUUAAGGAACACAUGGUAUAUGCACCAGCACGAGCAUACAAGGACCACGAAGGACUUCACCGCGUCAUCGAUGACAUGUGGAUGGUGGACUGGUGGUGCGACAAACAAAAACAACUGCCGAAAGGUGCAACUAUUGCACCUGUCAUUCUCGCGUCAGACAAGACAUGUCUGUUGCAGUUCCGAGGUGACAAAUCUGCGUGGCCUGUGUAUCUUUCGAUAGGGAACAUCGCAAAAGAAAAACGAAGGGAGAUGUCAGCGCGAGCAACAGUUUUAAUUGGGUACUUACCGGCAGGCAAGCUCGAUUGUUUCACAUCGGAUUCACGAUCCCUUGCUAGUUACAACUCUUCCACCAUUAACGAGACGGUGUUGAAAUGGUCUGUGCCGACUCGAUGGUCUGUCGAAUAUACCCGAUCCUUGCAGCUUAUGUGGCGGAUUUUCCGGAACAAUGUCUUGUGGCAUGUUGCAAAGAGAAUCGCUGCCCAAAGUGCCUGGUCGCGGCAGAUGAAAGAGUUGAUAAAAGAGAUCUUAGAGAAGCAAAAAAAGGGUCAACAUCCAAAUGAAUUCAAAGACUUUGGAUUACGCACUGUCUACAGUCCUUUCUGGGCCAAUCUCCCGCACACAGACAUAUUCCUUGCUUUUACACCUGACCUCCUACACCAGCUCCACAAGGGCGUCUUCAAAGAUCACUUGGCAAUACUGGACUAUCCAGGUCUUCGGCACUUCAAAAAAGGAAUAUCAGCAGUAAAACAAUGGACGGGCACGGAACACAAACAAAUGCAACGUGUUUUCGUAGGGUUACUUGCUGGCGCUGUCCCAAGUCAAGUCCUGGUAGUCGCACAAGCUAUCUUAGAUUUUUCUUACUUUGCACAGCUCCGAACACACACAUCUGACACCCUUGAAUAUCUGGAGAACGCCCUUGCAGUAUCAGCCCAUACUGUCAUAUUGAUAUAUCCAAACUGGCUUAUUAGCCAAAAACCCUGA